CAGUUCUUCAAAACCGACAUGGUAAAAAAUGUAAGUAUUGACCGGGUGAUUGUGGUCGAGUGGUAAGGAGACGGGGCUGAGACACCAACAUGUUUCAGGUUCGAUUCACCUGUUGCGCGAAACUAAGUCACAAUUAUCCUGGUCACCCAACACGGAUAUGGGCCCAUGCUUUAGGGCCCAUUUGAAUACCCGGAGAGAGGGUCUAUCCGUGGGCUGCACCUCCCCUUGGGGAUUAGUCUGGGCCUCUCCAUGGGCCUGGGAUACCCCCAGGUUAAUCAAAAAAAAAAAAAAAUGUAAGUAUUCGCUAGUAUUUGUUUUGGUACAAAAUUGUUUCAACAAGUUUAUGGAUAUUCAAGGACAAUUGUUGUUUCCCCUACAAAAUUGCUACAAGCCGCCUCAACAUUACAAAGCCCACAUUUGGUGUGACUAAUAUAUUUAUUCCUUACAAGCUGCCCCCAACAUUACAAAGCCCACAUUUAUUCCUUAUCUUAUACCAACAUAUUCGAAGCCUAAGUAUUUAUUAAUGCAAUAAUGGAGUUGUUCGGUUGGUGUUCGAAUCAAGAGACAUAUAGAUUGAAGUAUUUUGACCAAAAAAAAAAAAGAUUGAAGUGCAUAAUAUCGAGUGUGAGAUGAUUUUUUUAAUUGGAACCUCUCAUGGAUUUAUCAUGUUAAAUCUAUAAAAUCUUGAUAGAAAAGAAUAAAAUAAAUAUGAAAUGAAACUGGUUAGUAACACGUUUUUUAUCGGUAAUGCGUAACUUAUAUUUUCUUUGUAACCACGCGUAUGUGGUUGGGAUAGUCAAGAUGGAAUCCAAGCUCGAAUCUGCACCACACCAGAUUUCCACAACCUGUGGCUAUCGGAAAUGAUUUACCAUUUUUUUAAAAUAUUUUCUUUGUUUCAUUGUAUAUGUUGUUUGAAGUUCCAAACACAGUAUAUUUUUAAUUUACUCAUAAUAAAGUCACUUCAAAACCCUAUAAAUAAUACUCUUAAGGAAAGCUCAACAAUCCAAAGUCCAAACAUAUCAUAAUGGUAGUAGAAACAAUAACAAUACCUUUUCUUCUACUUAUCAUCUCCUCCCUUAUUCCACCAAUCCUCACUGUUGAUCCCCCACUCCCAUCAACCGACGGGUCUGAUUUCAUCCGUACGAUCUGCAACACCACACUAUACUCCGAUCUAUGCUUCUCCUCUCUCUCCACUUUCGCCAACUCCAUCCACAAUGACUGGAACCGCCUCGCACGCGUAGCCAUCUAUCUCACUCUUUCCAACACUCUCCACCUUGUCUCUUACUUCCAAAACGCUUACAGCAACUGCGUUGACCACGGUUGUGGUGGUGGACCCCACAACUCAACGACUUCUGCCCUAAAGGACUGCUUAGAGAAUCUUAAGGAUGCGGUCGAUGAUAUGAGAGGGUCGAUGAAACAGAUGAAGGAGCUUGUCUCCACGGGCUCGGUCCAGUCGUUUAAAUUCCAGAUGAGUAAUGUCAAGACUUGGCUCAGCGCAGCUCUCACUAACGAGUACACUUGUACGAUUGGGUUCGAGGACUUCCACGAUGAUGGCUCCAUCAAAGAUGACGUAUGUUCACGAGUGGAAGACAUCAAGAAGCUGACUAGCAAUGCGCUUGCUUUAGUCAAUCGCUACGCCGACAAGGCUAUAUUACCUUAAUCAUUCAUCGAUCAAGUUUUCUUUUUUCUUGAAAAAUGAAUUUAUUUACAUCAAAUUUAAAUGUAGUAUAUCUGAGUUUUUCUUAGCUGUAUAAUAUGUUUUCGUGUCGAAAUUAUUAUUUACUAAAAUCAUUUCAGUCGUUCUAAACAAUAUAAAACGAGUGUGUAAAAGGAAUCAGUUAUAGUCUAGUUCUUCUUACAUACGUUGUCGUUUUAGGAUUUUCUUAUAUUAUUUAGAAUAUAAAUCCAUAAACUCGUUUAGAGAACGUGAUAAAAUAAAUAAUUGAAACGAUAUGUUGUCUGUUGAUAAAAGAAAAGAUGUAUAAUUGAUAAUUUGGUAUCAUUACCA